ACAUAGGGGGUUAUUUUUAUCAUUUUCACUACACCUCCCCCAGUACAGACCUCCCCAACCACCUCCUUCAGAAUGCUUGAAUUAACAAAUUAAAGAUUUUUGGCCAUUGAAGUGACACUGUUUUCUUGAUCUCCAGUGAACUGUUCAUAAUCUUGCAAAUACCCACUACCAGGUUCUUCUGAUUUCUGCCUGCUGCACAUUACGGUUUAGUGGAUCACCUCAACAGAAAUUCAAGCCGUCUAGUGUAUGGCUUGCAUUUACAAAUUAGCAAAUUAUGGGCAGCAGUCGAUUUCCAAAGCGCUUUUUAAUUGUAGUUUUGACCUUCAUCUGCACUUCUGUCUGCUACAUAGAGCGAGUGGGCUUCUCUAUUGCGUAUACUGCUGCUGCUGAUGCUGCAGGGGUAAGUCAGACUAGCAAAGGUGUAAUUCUAUCAACCUUCUUCUAUGGAUAUGCAUGCUCACAAGUACCUGGUGGUUGGGCAGCUCAAAAAAUUGGUGGACGGCGUGUCCUCCUCCUUUCUUUUCUCUUAUGGUCUUUGACAUGCGCUUUUGUACCACUUGACCCAAACCGAACGAUGGUCUUGGUAAUAGCCCGCUUGCUCGUUGGUGUGGCCCAAGGUUUCAUUUUCCCGUCCAUCCACACUGUCCUCGCACAGUGGGUACCACCGCAUGAAAGAUCAAGAUCUGUUUCCUUCACAACUUCUGGAAUGUACUUAGGUGCAGCUACGGGAAUGCUUAUGCUUCCUAGUCUGGUGAAGUAUAGGGGUCCUCAAUCUGUGUUUCUUGCUGAAGCCGCUUUAGGUGCAAUGUGGUCACUACUCUGGUUCAGUUAUGCAGUUGAUCCACCUCGUGCUGAGCAUCCAAAAGCAACUGCUUCGGGCUUUGGGGAAUCCCAGUUGCCCACGAAAGGGAGUUCAAAGAUGAAAGUAGAGAAUGGAGUACAUUCUACCAAAAGUCCAACUAUCCCAUGGAAACGAAUUGUCAUGAGCUUACCAGUUUGGGCAAUUGUUGUGAAUUAUUUCACCUUUGACUAUGCUCUUUAUAUGCUCAUGAACUGGCUUCCUACGUACUUUGAAUUGGGUCUCGAGAUCAGCCUUCAAGAAAUGGGCUUUUCCAAGAUGAUGCCCUACUUUAACAUGUUUAUAUUCUCAAACAUUGGUGGAGUGAUCGCGGAUCACUUGGUCACAAGGAGAAUCUUGUCUAUAACUAAAACCAGAAAACUUUUAAACACAGUGGGUUUUGUUGUAGCUUCUCUUGCAUUGAUGGCUCUUCCUUACUUUAGAACAUCUGGCGGGGCUCUAUUUUGUUCCUCCGUGGCUCUUGGUUUCUUGGCGUUAGGAAGAUCUGGGUUCGCAGUUAAUUACAUGGAUAUUGCUCCAAGGUAUGCUGGAAUUAUUAUGGGAAUUUCAAAUACAGCUGGUACAUUAGCUGGCAUCGUUGGAGUUGAUCUCACUGGUCGACUACUUGAAGCUGCUAAAGACGCUCAGUUGGAUCUCACAAGUCCAGAAAGCUGGACAGCAGUGUUUUGCAUUCCGGGGUUGCUCUGCAUUUUUAGUUCUUUCGUUUUUCUAGCACUGUCAACAGGGGAGAGAAUUUUCGACUAAGGCUUUCUGCAUGUAUAUUGCAGUCUAUCUUUCUUAUUCUUUGAAGAAGCAGUUCAAGGAGGAAAUAUACAUAGUCUAGGAUUUGCAGUUCAAAUUCGAAGGUUGUCGGAAAUAGUAGCUAUUGAGGUUAUUCUUACAUUUUAACUUGAGUUCUUUGAAGGCUGCUGAUUGCUGAAGAUUAAUUCAUAAGGUUCUAUCUGCAUAUAUUUGCAGCUUAAUCGACUGACUCUUAAAUUAUUUUCGAGCUGUGGUUCUUGGAUGAGCUGUUCGUAUUACAUAUGUUGGUUAUUUCUGGUA